UGAUUAUUUGAUUGAUAGAAUGCAGCGGGUUAUCCUACGUGGCUCACAUGCCUGCGUUUUCGGGCCCCACGACCUAUUCAUCACCACCGUCUACGCAGCUCACACCAACUGAAAACUUAAUCCAAGGGGCACAAUUUUGUACGUGACACUCCCUACCAUACCUACCAAAGGACCGCAGUCGUGGUUAAGGUAUAUCAAAUCUACGACCAAGAUCUUCCGAAUAAACCAAUAGAGCUCUCAAACCCUAUAAAUUCCCGGGCCACAGAGAGUGCCAUGGAAGACGAGAAGCCAAAGGGCUUUUUCUUGUUCUAGUUUUAUCCGUUUAUGAAGCCGUAUUUGACAGCGAUCGGAGCGGGAAAUUCCUAGGAAGGAGGGUUUUGUCUCGAUUGCUUGUUUCCCCAUUGUCUUCUGUUUGAGCUAUCAAACCCUCGCUUUUGAAAGUUAUCGGGCCACAAAGAUUCUCAAAUUCGCCAUGGAAGACGAAAAGCCACAGGAGUUUUUCUUGCUCUAGUUUUAUCCGGAAGUUUAGCCGUAUUUGAUAGUGAUCGGAGUGGGAAGCCCUAGAAAAGAGGGUUUUGUUUGGAUUGUUAGUUUGCCCGUUAUCUUCUGUUGCUUUUGGCUUACUGUCGAUAAUUGCAAAUAAUGGAAUCGUCCGCGAUAUCGAUAUACAACCCUCAGAAAUCCAAUAAAAGAGUGUUUCCGGGGAGUAGUAGUUCACCGUACAUGGAACCCGAAGUGAUCGAAAUUACUCCUCCUUACGCUGGUCAGACUUCCAAAUCGAAGGCUAAAUCGCUUAAACAAAAAGAGGUUGUUUAUCAUGAAAUAAUCGACGUUGACAUGGAUGAAGACCGAAAUGAUGUAGUGUUCAUUGAAGGGAAGGUUGAAUCCAACAAAAAGAGGAAGGGUGCUAUGGGCAUCUCAUUGGGUCCUAGUAGUGCAGAACAAGUUCAAACUACAAAGAAAGUUGACUCAAAUAAUAAGGGGAAGGGUGGUGUGCAAAUGAAUUCAGUGGGCCCGGGUCAUUCUUCAAAGAGCUUUGUAACAGAAUUAGAGAGCUUUUAUGAUUUAGAUGAUUAUAUUUUAGAGGAUGAUUAUCUGGCUUUGCAAUCCCGUUUUGAUCAUAUGGAUAUCCCUACUGGAAUUGAAGCUCAAAUUCCCUGGUUUCCAGAAACACUCCAAAUGAAAAAGAAUUCAACUGUUCAUGCUGCUUCUACUUAUUCUGGUCUACAUGCAAGCAACAGUUCAAAGAAUCUUCCAUUUGUUGAGACCCCACAAAAAUUCCAACACCAAAACAUGCCCUUUAAUUAUACACAUAAUCAAGUAGCUCCACCUAUGAAGGUGCCUCAUACGGGUUCUUAUUUUUCCAAUAGUUCUAAUACUCCUCAAGUUGGUGGUGGUGGCAUUUCUUCAAGUUUCUUUCAGCUUCCCAUGAACACGGGUUACCCACUAGGGGUAGAUACGUCAUUUUCUAUGUAUCCUAUGGGAGACAUGUUAAUGGACAAGAUUGUUGCUGGGAGUAGCCCAAGGAAUUCAAGUGUAAUUGGAAGCUCUUCUAGCAUGGCAAAGGUUGUUGAUAAUGAAGAUGUUCUGAAAAGAUAUGAGAGCUUCAAGAAGUUUGAUACAGUUGUGGAUUUUUCUGAUCAUUAUUAUGCAGCACAGAAUUCUGGAAUGAAGCAGCCACCAAAAAAUUGGGCUAAAAAGAUACAGGAUGAGUGGAGGAUUCUUGAGAAAGACUUGCCUGACACAAUAUUUGUAAGGGCAUAUGAAUCAAGGAUGGAUCUUUUAAGAGCUGUAAUUAUUGGAGCAGAUGGCACCCCGUAUCAUGAUGGGCUCUUCUUCUUUGAUAUCUGUUUUCAAAGCAGCUAUCCCAGCUGCCCACCACUUGUUCACUAUCACUCUGGUGGGCUGCGUAUCAAUCCGAAUCUGUACAACUGUGGGAAGGUGUGCCUGAGCCUUCUGAACACAUGGUCGGGUGCCCAAAAGGAGAGGUGGAUCCCUGGCACCUCAACCAUGCUCCAGGUGUUGGUCUCCAUUCAGGGUCUCAUCCUGAACACAAAGCCUUACUUCAAUGAACCUGGAUAUGCACACUCCAGUGGCUCCAUCCAGGGAGAAAAAAGAUCCAUGCAAUACAACGAAAGCACCCUCAUUCUAUCACUCAAAACCAUGGUCUACACCAUGAAAAAACCACCCAAGAACUUUGAGGAUUUGGUGAGUGGGCAUUUUCGGAACCGUGUGCGAGAUAUUUUGAUGGCGUGUAAAGCGUAUACAGAAGGGGUGCAGGUUGGGUGUCUAGUGAGGGGAGGUGUACAGGAUGUGGAUGAGGACAAUGACAGCUGUUCACCGCAGUUCAAGGCUGAUGUGGUUGCAUGUGUCAAGACGCUUGUGGCUGCAUUUAAGAAUAUUGGAGCUAAAGAAGCUGAGGACUUUGUAGGGUUGACUGUAAAGAAAACCAAAACUCAAACUCAUUCAUCAUCGCGUGCAUUUGCACCUGCCUAUGCGCAUAAUGUCCAUGCUUAUCUUCCUCCUCCUCCUCCUCCUCCAUCUGCUUUCAGUGCUGCUAUACCAGCUUAUAAUCAUUAUUGGUGAAACAUAUCUGUUUUUCAUUUCUUUCUAUUUUGGAUUGGGAUUGGGACUGGGACUGGGACUGGAUGUUUUAUGUUUUCACCCGAAUAGUAUAAUAUACUGCUAUGCUCUGCUAUAUGUAUAUAGGGUGGAUGUGGAUUCUUUCACCAACUUUUUCUAAUUUUAAUCAUUUCACUUAUUCUGAUCACAACCCUACUUCUGAAACUAUAUGUAUUGUAUCUGUUUAGAUGAGCCAUGUGAGGCUCUUUAAGUUUCAAUGAAUCUUUGCUCAUACCAAUGAGUUUGUUGGAUUUGGGUUUUGUUUCCAGGAAAUGUAUGCUGUGCUUAGUUUGAGCUUUUGCAAUUAUGAUUGUUUGUCUCAAGCCAAAAUGAAAAUAAUUGUUUGUAGGGAGAAGAUGAAGAUUAUGAUGUUAAGAAAAUUCAGAUAUACAUUUCAGCCAUUGCACUACUAUCUGGGUCUCUUUAAUAUGAUUUAGAAGAUGUGGGUGAAAUAAAAGACUGAAUUGUGAUCCUGAAAAUAUCCAAAAAUCAUGGAUGGGUCAAGGAAAAGAUAGAACAAGGACAAAAUCAAAUUGAACCAAAACUCUAAAUUUUGUUCCAAACCAAAGUUGGAACAACGUAGGACAAGUGAGAGAGUAAAGACCUGUUUGAUACAACCUCCUAUUGGGUACGUAAGAGAACCAAUGUUUGAUAUCGGCCAAUCUACCCUCUCAUAAAGAGUUAAAAGACUAGGAACUGUUUGACAUGAUUUUAAUUUACCC